AUGCCUGUUUCUAAACGGAAUGAAAAAGUUUUGCGCACCCUGGUGAGGAGCGUUGCAAAAUUGAGCCAGUUUUUUGAUGAAAACGAAAUAUGGAAAUGUUUCCUAUCCAAAGUAUACAGAUAUGAAAAUGAAAAGUGCACCAAGUACAAUGAUUUUCUAAAACAAUAUUUGAAUAAUGGUACACAUUAUUGCCCUAUAAAAUCAAAAAAGAAGAGAUUAAGAAGUGAAUUAAUAAAAUAUAUGCGAAGUAAUUUGAAGAAUAAAGCAGUAGGUGAUGAUCUGAAACACCAUGAAGACAUAUUUAAUGUUGGUUUUACAGCUAUUAGACAUCUUGGAAGAGUUAAAAAUUCUUUACUUCUAGCCUUAGGUGAUGAAGCAAACAUAAUGAAGCACCCAUAUAAACAUAAUACAAAGUUGUCUAUGGAAAAUGGAAAAAACUUAUGGUAUUGUGAAGAAGAGAAAAUUCUGUUUAAGAAGAAUUUCCGAGUGGUGAAUUUUGGUUCGUAUGAUGAGACGAAUAAUAUUGGAAAAGUGGGCAAGCAACAGGACGAUUUGUCUCGAGAUGGAUCUAAUGUAAAAGGAAAGAACAGACCCGAAUCGUACAAGAAGAUUACAAUGGAGGUUCCCACGAGUGAGGCUACCACUACUGAGGCUGCCACUGCCGAGUAUGUCGCAGGUGUUUCUGCAGAUUAUGCGAGUCCAGAGAAACGAAGCAAAAACAGCAUUGUUCUAAAAAAAUGCAAUUAUAAAAAGGAAAUUAAAAAGGGCAUUAUUCUAGUCGCACAUCCGUUAACAUCCAGCACUUUAUGGAACCGAUCUAUCAUUCUUAUAACACACUGUGAUAAAAGCAACCUAGUAUGUGGUAUAAUUUUAAACAAACAUCCCUUAUACAGUAAUUAUGUAGGUGUAUCAAAGGACAAGGAAGUUAUAAAAAUAUUAAAUAAGCUUUAUCUGAGAAAGAAAAAAUAUACAAAAGAUCUCACCGAUAAUUUUAUUCAAAAUAAUAACAGUAGUGCAUCCGUGGAAAGAAUUAACACGUCUAACCCAAGUAAUAUUAAAACACAUACUAUUGAGAAGAACCAUCCUGUUGAUGAUGAUCACCCACAAGUUAAAGCAGAUGUGCCCAUUCUGGAAAAUAAAACUGAGGAUCAUAGGGGAGGAGAAGUAGAAGAAUGUUCAGCAGAAAAUUUUUCAGUAGAAGAAUGUUCACCUACUAAGACCUACUCAUUUGAUAAAGAAGAAACGAAACAUAACGAAGGGGAUAUCAAAAAGAAGGAGCAGUGUACCACGAAGCAAAAGGUUGAUGAAAAUAUCCAAUUGAAACUUGAAUCCACAGAAGAUACAGUUAACAUUCCAGUAAAAUAUGAAAGGAGCAUACAGGAUCGAGGAACAGAUAAAAAAAAUGAACAAAAUAAUAAGGAAGAAAGUUUGGUUGUGCUAGAAAAUCAGAAUAACAUUAAUAAUGAAGAGGAAAGUGCUAUUGAAAAAAAAAAGUUUCCAGUUGAGGCAAGGAAAGAAUUACUAUAUGAUCACCAAAAGAGUAGUGAUGAUUUCCCAACUUUGAAAGAUUUGCAAGAAAUGUUUUUAAGAAUUCAGUUUAGGAGUUCCUACAAACAUUACACAAAUAGAACAAAAAAACAGAAAAAUAAUAUUAACAUUCGUAGUACCCAUGGUUCAGCUAGCGAUUCUAUGAAUGUUAGGAGGAGAGAAGAGAUGGAUAAUACUCUGAUGAGCAGCAGAAAAAAUAGUCUCUUCAUUUUGAUGGAUGAACACUUACUAGAUAUUAUUACACACUAUAUUAUAAAAUUGAAUAAAGUUCCAAUUUAUUUAAGGUUCCUCCCUUCUUAUAACAUUGGAUCAAUUAUCGAUAUCCAAAAAGAAAUUAAAAAACUACAAUUUCUAAAUGAAUUUUAUAAAAUAUAUUUUGAAAAAUACAACAAAUGGAAAGUUGUUGUUAUAAACAAUCGUAUUCAUAUAUUCGAUAAAGGAGAAAAAAAAAAAAAAAAAAAAAAAAAAAAUUUUACAAAAAUGUCCAUACUUAAGCAGGAUUAUCCAAGUGUGCAGGGAAUUGCAAAAGCGGAAGUGGAAGCGGAAGAGAUGGGGGGAAAAACACUUUUAGAUGACAACUCUGCAAACUCAGAAAAACUUACGGAUGAGGAGAUUAAAUGGAUUCAUAAAAAAAUUAAGAAAUUCAAAGAAACAAAUAUAUUGUAUUCUGAUGACCAGGAGGAGGGAGUUCUCGACAAAGGUGCAGGUGCCCAGUGUAGAAGUAGAAAGAAAAGGGCAAAGCAGCAAAGGACGGAGCUGCAAAGGAAAAGGAAGAAAAAUGAGGGAAGAAAGCAUACCUUAAGGAAGCAUGAGUCUGAGUCUGAUGUGGUUGUGAGUGAUGGUAAUAUCGUCAAUGGGGACAGACAAGAGGAGGAAGAAAAAUUCGAAACGAAUGAUAGGCAGGUUGAACAUGAGAUAGAAGAUGAAGAAGAAGAUGAAGAAGAAGAAGAUGAAGAAGAAGAUGAUGAAGAAGAAGAUGAUGAAGAUGAUGACGAAGAUGAUGACGAAGAUGAUGACGAAGAUGAUGAUGAAGAUGACGAGGAAGAUGACGAGGAAGAUGACGAGGAAGAUGAUGAAGAUGACGAGGAAGAUGAUGACGAAAAAGAGGCCCAGGAAAAUGAUAAAAAUGAGGAAGCGUACAUAAUUAAAGGAAGGAGGGAGGUGGAGAAGAGCAAAGCAGAAGCAACUGCCAGUGGAAAAGUAGGAAUAAAGAACAACAACUAUUUGGUGAGAAAUCCAUUGAAUUUUUUCUGGCUUGGAGGACCGCUUCCAGGAUUAACAAUUUUGCACAACAUAAAGAAAUUCUCUAAAAACACAAUUGUAAAUGAUUUUAUAUACGAAGGAUAUAACGAAAAUGUGAAUCUGAUGAAUUCGUCAGACUCGAACGAUCACUUGGUGACACCUCAGGGCGUGUGCACAGAGCAGCGGCAAAAUGAACAAGAAAAGGAAGGUAAAAUGGUUCGGGAAACCGCUUCAGAUGUGAAUCCACUAAAGGAUGCCUCAUUAGAUGCAGACCCCAUUACACACGUGGAAAGAGAUAUCACACUCCACAAAGGGGAUCAGAAUUUGGAGGAGAAGGAAAGCAACCGAAAAAGUAACACUUGUGUGGAAGAAAACAGACUAAUAAAAAGAUUCAUUGGAAAGGCGACGUGGGAUAUAAAUCAAUUAAUGGAGGAAUUGAACAAUGACUAUUGGAUUGCUUUAAAUUGUGACAAUAAGGAGUUGUUAUCCAAAAUAAUUUUUAACACAACAGCUUGUGAUAGUAUUACUCCUACUACUGGAAGAGAUCUAAAAGAAAAUGAAAAGAAUCAUACAAAGGCUUCACUCGCAUAUGCAUACAAGGGGGAGAACAUAUGGGAAAAAAUUGUGGCAUCCAUAAAUAGCGAUUAUGAAAGUAUUUCUAAAAUACCUCAAAGUGUGAUCGAUAGUGUCUUGCACGAUUUCAGAGGUGUGGAAAAUGACUAG